AUGUUUUUUACUUCUCAUCAGUUGACGCCUCGAAUACUACGAUACUAUGCCGAUCUCCAUUCCAGAAAGGUGUUGGCACACUUUGGGAUUCAAAAAUAUCUUCCCACUACAGAUGCUAUUUCAAAGGGAAAAGACAGCAGCCAAUAUACUGUCCCAGCCGAGGAAUUGACACAGUGGAGGGAUGCAUUUGACCUUGCGAUAACAUUUAUAAAAGUUCUUACAAUGAGGCUGGCAAAGUUUGAUUAUAAACACGUCCCCGAUCUCGGUAGUAAAGGUGUUGAUUAUUGGAAAGUUCAUGACAAACUUAGACAAAACUUGGAGGAGCCAAAGAAGAGAAUUGCAGAACUCGCAGCAAAAAGGGAUACGAAGAAGAGGGCAUCAAUGGAAAGUAAAAAACAUAAAUUUCUUUAUCCUGAUCCACCUUUUCCAAAAAAUUACAUAGAAACGAAAAAGUAUGAAUAUGUAAAUGACGCAAAAAGAUUGAAGAUGGAGGGUGAAUAUAUUAUGGACAACGUCUUUAUUAACGUGCCGAAGAGAGAAUUUGAAGUACGUGAAUGCACAGCAAAAUUGCUUAAACUUGAAGGAAUUUGCGAUGUUCGGUCAGCCUUGGAAUACAUUGGGAGGCAGUUUAUUUGCUCUAGAUCAGAAGAAUCUAUUGGCACAAGAUUAUCGCAGUUGUCUGAACAACAAACCUUCAAGUUUUAUCUUCAAAGAACAUGCAAUUUAAACGAUGUCUCCUUAGAAUCUGUGAAAAAAUGCUUUGAUAAUAAUCUCUAUGAUGUUUCAUUGAAAGACGCGCAUAGUCACAGAGAUGAGAUCGUAGUUUGUGCAAAGUAUUGGGACGUAAAUGAGAUGAUUGCUCUGGGAGCUAUUUUCACGUAUUUUCACGUCAAAUUUAUUUAUUGGGACAAAACCGAAAGAGAAACAGAAUUUCCAUAUAGGUUACCAUCAACCGAUUACUUUAAACAAACAAUUAAAAAGAACCUCGACUAUAUUGAUAAUCACAUAUUAAUCAAGAAAGAAUAA